AUGGAGCUCGGCGAAUAUGACGCGUUCAGGCACUGGGCGAGCUACGGCGCCGACGUGCAGAUCGGGGGGCCGCGGUGUUCAGCUAGGGGCGGGCGGGCCGUGGCGUCCGGCGGCCCAGUGAAGGUCGUGGAGCUCUCGGCCGAGAUGCACAGCAGGGGAGCAAGGCCUCGGCCCCCGCCGCCGGGCACGUCCCUCGAGGCAGUGCCGCUCCCGGAGGCGGGUCCGGUCAGCGUUCGCUUCGGCCGAGCCCCCCUGGGGCCGCUGCUCGGGCGGCUCUGCAGGCACCGUGGAGCCGUUCACCUGCACCCCGCUCUGACCUGGCGCGCCCCCGAGGCCAAGCCCCAGUGGCUUGCGAUAGGCAACAUCGUUGCCGAGGAGUUGGCCGCUCAGGGGCUUGCCCAGAGGGGUGCCGCCGCCCAGCUGCUGCUGAACGGCGUUCGCAGCGGCGAGGUGGGUCGCAUUAUCGACGCGGCCGUCAGCGAGGCGACGGCGGGGCCCGAGGCCGGCGAGGCCACGCGCGCGGGGGCGGAGGCGCGGCCCCAGGAGGCGGCGGAGCGGCCCGCGGCCAAGGAGCAGCGGAGGGCCCUCGAGGAGGAGGUCCUCCUCCUCGCCGACCGCGACCUCGCGGCCAGCGGGCCGUUGGCGGAGGAGGCGGCGGCGCAGCCCUCCACCUCCGAGGCGGCGGCGCAGCCUCAUCAGGCGCAGGCGGAGCUGGCAGCUCAUGAGCCCUCGGCGGUGGAGGCGGCGGCGCAGCCCCAGGAGGCGGCGGGGCAGCAUGUGGCCUGCGAGCCGGCAGCUGCGGAGGCAGAGGCUGCGGCAGAGGCGCGACCUGCUGCGCCGGAGGAGGAGGACGAGGAUGAGGAGGAUAAUGAGAAGGAGGAGGAGCGCGUGACCGCCGCCGAGCCAGUGACGACGGAGGUGUUGGCCGUGCAGCCUGCGGCUGGUGAGCCGGCUGUAGCAGAAGCAGAGGCUGCGGGCGCGCCAGAGGCGCGGUCCUCGGCUAGGGCGGCACAGGGCCUCAGGCCUCGGGGUGUGGCCGCCAAGGCUCUGCUGAGGGGCAUCCGGAGCGGGGAAGUCGGCCAGAUCAUCAACGCGGCGGAGGCGGCGGCGCGGCCUUAUCAGGCGCAGGCGGAGCUGGCCGCUGAUGAGCCCUCGGCGGUGGAGGCGGUGGCGCAGCCCCAGGAGGCGGCGGGGCAGCAUGUGGCCUGCGAGCCGGCAGCUGCGGAGGCAGAGGCUGCGGCAGAGGCGCGACCUGCUGCGCCGGAGGAGGAGCGCGUGACGGCCGAGCCAGUGGCGGUGGCGGUGUCGGCUGUGCAGCCUGCGGCCGGUGAGCCGGCGGCAGCAGAGGUGCCCAGCGCGGGCAAGCCGCACAUGAAGGGCGCCGAGGCACUGCUGAAGGGCAUCCGCAGCGGCGAGGUCGCCCGGAUCGUCGAUGCAGCCGAGCGCGCGAGCCAGGACCCCGCGGCGCAGCAGCUCGCUGAGCUGCAGCUGGACGCCUCUGCGGGCGACGCGCCGGACUUCUCCCACUCCCUGUCCCUCUCGGCCAGCGAGCCGCCCAAGGCGCCGGCCGCCGCGGGCGCGCCAGAGGCGCGGCCCUCGGUCAGGGCGGCAGAGGGCCUCAGGCCGAGGGGCAAGGCUGCCAGGGCGCUGCUGAGCGGCAUCCGCAGCGGGGAGGUCGGCCAGAUCAUCCGCGCGGCGGAGGGCCAGGAGGCCCCCUCGGCAGCCGGCGCCCUCCGGCGGGAGGCCUCGGGGGAGGUGGAGGAGGUCUCGAGCCCCAGCCACCCCCCCAUGAGCAUCCGGCUCUCCUACGAGCUCUUGGCCGAGGAGCAGGAGCCGUCGGCCGCCCGCGAGGAGGCGCGCGUUGGGAACACCCCGCGCGGGGCGGCGAGCGCGGCGGAGGUGGCUGGGGGGGCGCGGGCGGCGAGCCCGCAGGCCUCGGGCGCGGAGGCCCCGGGCGCUCAGGGGGCGAGCUCGCCCGGCGGGAGUGCCGCCGGGGCCGCGGGCGUCAAGGCCUGUGCCAUCCGCGGCCCGGCCAGCACGCGCGAGACGAGCGCCGCCUCGGAGGAGGCCGCGGGCGAGCGCGAGGGCGAGGACGCGGACGCCAGCGAGCGCGGGGCCGCCAGCGAGCUCGAGGGCGAGGGCAGCACAGCGGGCGGGGCGGGCGAGGUGGCGGAAGGGGAGGGCGGCAGCGGCGAGGGCGAGCACGGCCUCGUGGCGGCCAGCGGGCAGGAGGAGGAGGAGGAGGAGGAGGAGGAGGAGGGCCAGGAGGCGGAGGCUGAGGGGGCGGAGUCCGAGGAGGACUCCGAGGAGGAGUCCGAGGAGAGCUCCGGGUCCGAGUCCGAGUCCGAGGAGGAGAGGGAGGCGGUCAAGGACGCGGGCUGUCAGAGCCCAGCGAGCCAGCAGUGGCAGAAGAAGGUCGAGGAGGAGGUCGAAGCCCAGGCCAAGGCCAAGGCCAAGGCCAAGGAGCGCGAGGCCCUGCAGGCCAAGGAGCUCGAGGCCCAAGAGGACGUCGGCCGGAGCCCCGAGCUCUCGGACACCAGGCUUUGGCAGAGGCAGGUGCUCGCCGCAAAGGCGCGCGCGAGCGAGGAGGACCCCGCCUGGGCCGCCUCCCUGGCUGGCUCUCUGGCCGCGCCGGGGAGGCCCCGGCCGCCGCGCCGGGGCCAGGUCACCCUGAGGCCCGCCUCGUCGUCCCGCAGCGCCCCGCAGCUUCACGCGGCGGCCCAGCCCUGCCCCCCGCAACGCGGAUACCAGCCAGCGCUGCCGACGAGUUCGCUGCGCCUGCACGCGGCCCACGUCGUCGUCGAGAGGAUGCACCUGAGCAAGGCGCAGCCCGCGUCGCCAGCGAGGGCCUACCAGGCGGCGGGGCUGCCCCAGCCAGAGCCGCCAUCCGCGCCCUCGCCAGCGCAGCUGGAGCGCCUGGCCAAGGCGCCCGGGCCCCCCGCCGAGCUUCCGCCGCCGGGCCGUCGCGCGAUCGGCGUGCCAGGAAGCAUCAUGAGCCUACGCAACUUCAACGCUUACGACUACUCGCAGAAGCUGAUGCCGGAGGCACCUGUGCCGAGCAUGCUGGAGGCGCUGAAGCCAUUCGCAGGGGAGAGGGGGGCGCUGGCAGCGAGGCGUCAUCGUAAGCUCGACUCCCUGGACGACACUUACGGCCGCAUGGUCCCAGAGCAGAGCCGCUCCCUGCCGAAGGUUAAGAGCCUCCCUGUUCUCUCCGAGAGACGCUCGUCCCAAGGACGUCUGGUCCACCGGGAGCUGCAGCCCCUUGUAAACUUGUAUCGGCGGCGGCCGACGUGA